UUUCCUUCGCCGUGAGCGAUUUCUUCCAUCUUCCAGUACGCAUCGAGGGAUGCAGAGAUCUUUGUGACGUCACCAGUUCUAAGCGGUUUUUUUAUUCACGUGUGUGUUUGUCCUAUGAUCUCGUGCAUCUAGUACCGAGCAUAAUACUUUAUCGUCUAUGGAAUACAAAACAAUCAUAAAAACUAAUUUUUGCUUCCAUUGAAGAGAAAUAAAAUAUUUUAACGACCACAGCGCAUUGCCAAUUGAUGACGUCAUCCUCCACAUUAAAAAUGUUGGCUUCUGAACUAACUGGCAAAUUGCUAUCAAUAAAGUCAGCUGGGACGAGACUGUCAGUUUGGAGGGUAUAAAUCGUGGAAGGAACGCACCCGAUUUCCCGCGCUAUUUGCACAGUGAUUCCAUGGUUUACAUUGAAUAUUCCAAGGUUUAUCAGUGUUUCCAAGGUUUCACUAAUUCCAUACUUUAUCAACUACCAUUGGCACAUUCUGUCAACACAUCAGCUGGAGCUGAAACUCCUCAUCUACAUCAGAACCAGAGACCUUUGGAUGGCUUUAUCAUGGCAGAUUCAACUUCUCUUCGUAGUCGUACUCGCCUUGCUAGUAAAGCAGAAAAGUCUGCUGAGAGUGUGAAGGUGAAGCCACGCAAACUUGGCCUCGACAAGUCUGCCCAAUCGCCUCUUUCUCUUGGUCAUUUUGGUGGUGCUGUGAAGCGUAAACGGAAGGGGUGUUCCAUCAUUCUAGAUGAUUCCGAUGAUGAUGACGUGGUUGAAAUCAAAGAGCCUUCGUCGCUGAAGAAUGUCGAUUCUCCAAGUUCAACUGUCAUCCGAACCAAGCCUGAAGUAAUGUCACCAGAAUAUCGGCAAAGAGUUGUAGACUGGAGGAAGAGUGAAAUUUACAAAAAAAAGACUCCGUCACCUCUAACCACAUCCACAUCUAAUGGCAGUUCAGAUGGAAUUUCACCAAGGCCUUCUGCCAGAUUCAAUCAGCCGGUCAACACACCAUUGAGGACUCUGCUGCUUGAUGACCUCCUGAGCUCUCAAGCAGAAUCUCAGGUAGACGUCAAGUGGGACUGCCGGUCGCCCAAUGCUAUCAGGGAUGCGAAAAUGUAUCAAAUGGGAAGUGACCAAGAUGGAAGUGAUUUGAUAGCAAUGCUCAAACAAGUUGAGAAACAGGCCAGUCCAGAGCACUUUGGCACCCCGCCUCCUGCUCCCAUAUUCAGCAUGCUGUGUCUUCCAAAUGACAGGGAAACCAAUCUUGCUCGCAUUACAGAAACAAGGGAAAUAACCACCAGGAUGGCAAGAAGAAAUUCUAGGAAGAAGGACGUCCCAAAGAAUGCCCAGUCUUUAGAAUUUAUGCAAAAGUUGGCAGAGUACAUUCAAGACCAAGCAGAUGUUGAAAAGGAUCAUGAUGAGGAUUACAAAAAUGUUGAUCUCAAGGAAGAGGAAGGAAGAUCCCCUAAGUUGGUGCCUGAGUUUGAUCUCAAUGAAGCGGUUCAUGAAGAACUGGAUUCCUUAGAUGCUGAAGAUGACUUGUUUGGAAAUGAUGAAGCUGCCUCAUCUAAAAUUGCCACGCAGUUGGAGCCAAGUCUGUUGUUUGGUGGUGUCACCCCGAGUGCUAAAUGUGGUGAUUUGAGACCGUAUACUGAAGUUGAUCGGGAGAUAAUGCAUGACAUGAGCCUUCUCAAGGACAUUAAAUCUGGAGAACUUGGGAAAGACAUUGUUGAAAAAGGUGCUGUGAAGACAAAAACUGACCUUGUUGACGAGUUCUGUGGCGACGAUACAUUAGAUGACCUAUUUGGUGAUGAGUCAUUCAUGGAAAAAGCAACGCAGAUGGAGUUAUUUGAUGACAAGACAAAGUCAUUUAAAACUCCAAAAGUGUUGGGUAAAGUUGUUACCAGUUGUCUUUCUUCAAAGGAUUGUGAAGAACAGUCUGUGAGUGUGUCCGGUGCUCCACAACUCCGGCAAAAGUUAUUUACUAAACCCGGUGUGAGUAAAUCUGCAACAUUGGUGCCUCAAAUUAAGACUUCGUUAGCCACUGCUGUUUGUUCCACUUGUGUUGCAAACCGACUUCCGAUCAGUUCAUCGUCUUGUGUUUCGUUUCCAAACAAUAGUUCAAAAUCCAAGGAGACCUACGUGGGUGAAACUACAAUCUUAAGUAAACCAAGUGGUCAGUACGGUGAACAGUCUAAGCAGCCAUCAUUCCACAACAAUAAGGGGGCUAAACCAGCAGCAGCUUCAUGUGUAACGUCUUCAAAUUCAAACUGGGCUAAAAAACCUCCAGGUGUUGUGUCCCGUGCACAGACUCUAACUGACGUGAAAAAACCCACGGGUUAUACAUUUCCAAUUAGAGCUCAAACCAUGCCAAAUGCCACUGUUUCUGGUGCAGUUAGCCAGAACAUGACAAACUUUGGUGCUAAACUUCCUCCGUCUAGAUCCUCGACAAUACCAGCUCCAAUGACAAAUUCUUCUCAAGCAAUAGGACAAUCUUUUGCUAAGUCUAACAAACCAGCAGCUAUUGUGAGCAAAACACCUGCUGCUACUUUGAGUUCUAAUUCAAUUGAUGCUGCAUAUUUUGAUGAUUUAAGUCUUUCCGAGGACUUGUUGAUUCAACUUGCUGAACCCGACGACGUCUUGGACAGUCAGGUGUGUAAUAGUGGAAGUUCUAGCAGUUCGGUAGAGCAGAUUCAAGCUGAUGCAUUGAAAGUCGCGCAGAGUAAAAAUAAGACAAAAACUGCAAAAUCGGUUGAUUCACAGCGCAGUACUCCUUCUUUUGGGAAUAAGCCUAAUGUCCGUGGUUCAGUGAACACUUCAAGUUCUAAUUCAGUGAUGAGACCUGUUAGUUCUCAGCGAGAGACUAUGGCAUGCAAGGCUGUUGUAUCAAACACCAUGUCUGCAGCAACUAGGUCCAUGAGGAGCUCGGCUCCUUCCCAGCCCAGUACAAGGAAGUGUUUCCAAAUAGGGAACGAAUUUGAAACUAACACGAGAGAGGCGUCAACGUUGAUACUUGAAGACUCUGACCUUGGGAUUCCACCUACACCACAAGUUCAGAGUAAAUUUAUCAAGGCACAGAAAUUCAACUUCAAAUCAACCAAUCUCAGCACAGGAGUUAAUGCUGUGACAAGGAGUCAAGCUAAAAUAUCACACCCUGCAUGCAUGGUCGGGCCGGAAAAAUUACAGGAAAAGCCAGUAUCAAACGAUAAAGCAUCUCAAGAUAAGAAUGCGGUAGUCUUUGGUUUAGGCAACGAUGAUGACGAUGAUGAUGAUCUGUUUGAGCCAGAGGUUCUAGCCAUGUUAGAAAAUGUUGAAAACCAAGCAAGUCAAUCGUCCAGUCAGCCUUGGAGUCAGAAUCAAUGCUCGGCAGAGCAGAUCGAGAAAAAGAAACAGGAGGCACUGAAAAGACGAAUUGAAAAGAAACGGCAGGAAGCAAUAAAGAGACGUGGGGCGCAGUUACAGGCUUCUCAGAAAGCUCAAGCUGCGAGGAGUUGUAAUGUUGGAGGACUAUCACAAACAAGGAGGACAAGGAAAAGUUGACCUAUAGGAUAUUUGGUUGUCUGAUUUUCAUUGACUUAACAUUGCA